CUCAUUUGCUUUCGUCACCUCGUCUCCCGUCAAUCACCCCUGUCGCCCAUUCAACCUCUCGACUGCCCACUCGUGACUCCAUCGACAGGCCCAGAGCCCUCCCCGGGCCCAUCGCAUCCUGGCGCCCACCCCACGUUUCUUGGCUCUGUUCACCCCUUGGUUCAAUGAUUGCAGCCAAGCUUGCAAACUUCCCCGCUGAUUCCAGUCGACCGCCUCAAUAGCACCUCCAAUCAUCGCGCCGGCUUUUCCAACGCUGACUUUCGUACACCUUCAACAUCGCGAAACAUCGCGUUAAACAUCACCUGGUUUUACGGGCAUCAGCGCCUGGGUCUGAGAAUCCCUGCGUUCUGUGCGCUGCAAGCGACGUGCCGCACACCGACGUCACCGCCCAUAUCUGGAUGAUCACCCCCGAAUGACCAAGUGGCACGCCCCGCAACCACCAUACUUUCGUGCACUCAACCUCCGCAGCAAAGAUGAAGUACCUAUCACUUCCAUCAUUUGACGUAGUGACGAGCGCGCUCAAUUUCGACACGCCCGACUGCCAUGUCACAGGCAGCUGCGACCUCUAUACGACCAAGGCUGCCGGUUCCGACAAGAAGCUGUAUAAGAACAUCCAACAAUCUCUCCAAUCGCAGCAUGCCGCGCUUCUCAAGUUCGGCGCCUCCCUCUCGCCGCCCCAGCGUGACUCGAUGGCUGCGAGCCUCAAUCUGAGUCGCUCCUCGCCGUUCGGGUCGCUGGAGGAGAUCUCGAACCGGCGCACAUUUGCCUACCUAAUUGCGACGCUGAACGCAUCACACCCGGACUAUGACUUCUCCCACGUCUUGCGACCGGCUGACUUUCAGCGCGAGCGGGUGCUCCGCCGAGUCAUGACGCAGAUUGACAGCACACUCAGCAGCGUCCGGCCCACAUCGACGCUCCUCGACGUCGCCAUACCACGCAGCUCCCCCGCGAAACCGACCGACUUCAAUACCGGCGUAUCGACGGCUCCUCCAUGGGGCCCGCAGAUGUGGGCCAUGAUCGACAAGGAAAUGAGCCUCAAGGACUGCACCGUCUUCUCAUACCAACCAGCCGAUGACCCGUUCGACGAAGAAGAGGGCGCCAUCUGGGCGUUACACUAUUUCUUCUUCAACAAGGCGCUGAAGAGGGUAUGCUACCUCUAUGUCCGGGGAGUACCCGUCAUGAGCCACAGCCCUCGGGUGACGGGGCACUCUGCCAUGGCGCGCAGGACGAGACGCAGCCUGGCUGGACUCGCGGACGACGACGUGGACGACCUGGGCGCCAACAAGCGAGCUCGCUACUGGUUGGGAGACAAGUUCGCCGAACGCAUCACAGCGAGCGACGAUGACAUGGACGACGGUUUAGUCUGGAACCGCGACGCUGACGGCGAUGUAAACUGUCAAUACGACGACGAUGACGACGAAGAGGAUGACGAAGAGGGAGAAGAUUUUGCCAUGGACGUCAGCGAAGAAGAGGAAGAGGAUGACACCCAGCGGAGGAGGAGUGGGAGCUCCAUCAGAGGCGUUAGCGAGGAUAUCGCUGCGAGGAUGGAGAUUGAAGUCUGACCAACUUUCCUCCGACACUGAAUCUCUUGCCAAUUUGUUUGGCUUUCUUUGCUACUCCGUUGAUCGGAUCCUUGUUGUCAUUUUCUCCUUUCAUUAUUUGCUCUUGGAACACGGGCUUGCCACGUACUCGGAUAUCUCUUUUGCCGUUUUCUUUUGUCAGUUCUGUUUCGUCUGUUGAUGUAUCUGUGAGUAUUUUAUGAUCAGCUUUCAAGCCACGUCCGUGCUCGGACGGGCUGCCGAUAUAUGGAGCGGCUUUCUCAAGUUAUGGGGCAAAAUUGGGUCGGGGUCCCUGAUCAGAUUCAUCACCGGUCAGGCAGGUGGUUAGGUAGUGAGUUGUCGGGAUUUUACUGCCUUGGGGGUGGGGGAAAGGGGUGAAUGGGAGAUUGGAGGGCCGCAUUGCUCUUUCUGGAGUCAAAGGCUUCUGGGUCGAGGUCGUGCGUAGUGGACGCUGAGAACCAAAGUUCUCUUGAGCAUUGUCACUGAUGCUUUUAUUGUCCUAUCAUAUAUCCAACGAUUUACGCUAAACAACCCUGCGUAUCUCAACAAUGAUUUCGUUGCCGAUUAGC